AACACUUGUUGUGGGUAAACUGGUCAAUUCCGUAAGCGACCGGCCGUGACAGCAUUCUAAUCUUUUUCUCCUUCGUAUAGAACCUAAGAGUUGAAUUUACACACAUUCUUCGCUCUGCUUUCUUCAGUCGUGUGAGAUCGUGUAUUGAGAGGAGGUGGACUAGGGUUUAAAGGGGUUGGAGAUAUCCUCGCGUCUGAACGUGUGAACGGAGAACCUAAAAAUCUUGAUUUCCCCUCUAUUUCGCUUCAGUAGAGUUUAAUUUCAGUUUUUUUGCUUGUAAUAUGUCUACUUCGAUCGAUCAGUGCGGCAGUGUUUGCUGAAAAUUCGCGGAAUAAGCAGCGUUUGACAUCUAUGAAGCAGAAUUAAAUGAUCGAGUGGUGAACUCCUGCUGCAGUUACUGAUUUAAGUGGGACGUGUGAUUGAUGGGAACAUCUUCUGGUGCCGAAUUCCAGCACCAGCCUCCUUCAAAAAUGCUACCUCCACGUCGGCAACCACAAUCUGGAGGGUUACGGACAUCCCUAUCUCUAGUGUCAUUGGACACCUGUGGAUCCCCUGAUCUUCAAGAACCCGGUUCAAAUUCAGAGCAGGUCCGGGAGUCCCCAUCAGAGAGCGCUAGUUCACGUGAAACCUGGCCUGCCUCUAAUACUAUCAUGGGGAAAAAGCUGGAGAAAGAGAAAGAAGGAGAGAAUGAUUGCCCUGGGCAGUCAGUCAUUUGCCGUGUCUCUAGUUCAGACAAGAUGUCUCUUCGUGAUAUUGUUAGAGAAAGAGUUGAGACCAUCUCUAAUAAAAUGCUUCUUUUGCCUGAUGAGCUUCUAGAGGAGCUUAAGAGCGAGCUUCGUGGUAUCCUUGAGGGAAAUGGGGGUUCUCAGCACAGGGAGGAGUUUUUGUUUCUGCAAAAGCUUGUCCAGAGUAGGACUGAUUUGACGACAAAGACUCUAAUCAGAGCACAUCGAGUACAGCUGGAAAUCCUUGUUGCGAUAAACACAGGAAUUCAGGCAUUUCUGCAUCCAAACAUCAGUCUGUCACAGACUUCUCUCAUUGAGGUUUUCGCGUACAAGAGAUGCAGAAACAUUGCAUGUCAAAGUCAGCUUCCUGCAGAUGCUUGUACCUGUGAAAUAUGCACAAAUAGAAAUGGUUUCUGCAAUCUUUGCAUGUGUGUUAUUUGCAACAAGUUUGAUUUUGAGGUGAACACAUGUCGUUGGAUUGGUUGCGAUUUGUGUUCUCAUUGGACUCACACAGAUUGUGCAAUUCGUGAUGGGCAAAUUGGUAUGGGCCCUUAUGUUAAUAGUGGUACAGACCUUGCUGAGAUGCUUUUCAAAUGCCAAGCUUGCAAUAGGACAUCUGAGCUGUUGGGGUGGGUCAAAGAUAUUUUCCAACAUUGUGCGCCAGGCUGGGAUCGUGAAGCUUUGAUGAGGGAACUUGAUUAUGUUAGUAGGAUUUUCCGGGGAAGUGAGGAUCACAAAGGAAGGAAGCUUUUCAGGAAGUGUGAAGAUCUCAGAGAGAAAAUGAAAGGUGGAGUUCUAGAGUCAACAACCUCCAAAGUAAUGUUGCUAUUUUUUCAAGAACUUGAGGUUGACCCAACAAAGAAUCCUGAAUCUGAGGGGGGACGUCAGGUAGCUCCACAAGAUGCAUGUAACCGAAUUGCGGAAGUGGUUCAGGAAACCAUAAGAAAGAUGGAAAUUGUGGCAGAGGAGAAGUUUCGGAUGUUCAAAAAGGCCCGUCUGGCUCUUGAGGCAUGUGAUCGGGAACUUGAGGAUAAGACUGGGGAAGUGGCGGAGCUAAAGAUGGAGAGGCAGCAUAAGAAGCAGCAGAUUGAUGAGCUGGAAAGUAUAGUGAGGCUGAAGCAGGCUGAGGCUGAUAUGUUUCAGCUUAAGGCCAGUGAGGCAAGGCGAGAGGCAGAGAGACUUCAAAGGAUUGCCCUGGCAAAAUCGGAGAAGGCAGAGGAGUACGCUAGCAGGUAUCUGAAACAACGUUUGCAUGAGGCCGAGGCUGAAAAGAAAUAUCUGUUUGAAAAGAUGAAGCUUCAGGAGAGUUCUCGGGCAUCACAGAGUAAUGGUGGAAGUAGUGACCCUUCACAGAUGUUGAUGCUUUGCAAGUUCCAGGACCUGCUUAAGAAUGUGUACAACGUGCCAUCAACGACAGAAGGCCAACCAAUUGACCACCACUCUCUUGGUGCAGUUCCUUGAGCAACACUAUUACUUUGUGUAAGAGUUUAACUUUGUAUUAUUAAUGUUAUAGUCUGCUUGUUUGCACAGUGUGACAUAGAAUACUCCUUUUCUUUAUGGGCCUGUGAACCCAUUUCACUGACAUCUGUUCCCAAAACAAAAAUGGAUAUACAUCUACUUGUACUGUUUAUAUGCC